AUGCCUUCUCCUUCUUCCAUUAUGUUUCUGCACAUCUCUCUUUACAAUUCCGCGCCUUUGAAGCUGCUGAUUUUCUCUCUCAUCCUCUCCGCCUCUCUCACCACAACCACCUCCAUCGCGCUAAGCUGCCAUGCGAAGUGCGUCGACUCCAACAUCUCCUAUUCGCUGGGGAUGUUCGCGCUCGCGCCGCUCUUCGCCGGCACUUGGAUCGUGUGGUUGCAGCACAAGAGUAAGCUCGAGCGCCACCGAUUGAGCUUGUUCGACAGAAAUGGCGGAAACCUAUUGAAGAAGAAGCUAUCCAAUCGCAGGAGAUCGAGAUCCGCGCACCUCAAAAUAUACACAGCUCAGGACAUGGAGAUCGCCACCGACAAUUUCAGCGGCACCAGAUCGGUAAUGCAGAGGUGUAAGCCGGGGAAAUUCUACCGCGGAACCUUCGAGAACAAUCGAGAGGCCGCCGUGAUGAAGAUUCCGGCGUUGGUGCCGUCGAAAAUCGAGCAGUUCGUCGACGAGGUGAUCUUCCUCUCCGGGGCCCACGGGAGUCUGGUUAGGGUUUUGGGCUGCUGUUUGGAGACGAGCUCUCCCUUGGUGGUUUACGAGCUCCACGGCGACGGGAACCGCACGCUCGCCGACUUCGGCACGCGCCGCGGCGGCGCGUGCGUGCUCCGGGCGGCGGCGGCGGCGGUGAGGGGGCUCGCCGACCUGCGGUCGCGGAAUGCGAGGGCGGCGGGGUUCCUCCACGGCAACUUCUGCGGCGGCAACGUUUUGUUGGAUGAUUCUUUCGGUGCGAAGCUGUUCUACGCCGCCGCCUCCGGCAGCAACCUCGUCGUUGAUCAUCGAGAUCGCGGUGGUUUCGAUGACAAGGACGUGUGUAGCUUUGGGGCGUUGCUGGAUGAGCUGAUGCCGACGUGUCAGAGUGGGGAUCUCGACACGCGGCUGUUGUCGGAGGAUUUGGCGGCGGCGGAAGUAGUUUAUGUGACGGAGGUUGCCGCCAUGGCGGCAAGAUGCAAGAGUGUACGGCCGGAGGAAAGGCCUACCUUGACUGAACUGGAAACUACGCUAAGUAGAUCGAUUUAUUGCUUGCAAAAAUAA